AUGCUGCGCCGCGCCGCGCUCCUCGUCGCGCUCUGCGCCCGCGCCACCAAAAGCGACGAGGCCGUGCCGCGCGAGCUCCGGCCGAAGCACGUCGACGCCCGCGAGCUCGCGGGGAACCCCUACUACGUCGAGGACCCCGUCUUCACGAACCGGACGACGUUCCUGGUCAUGAACACCUACAUCUGGAACCUGUGCUCGAAGGAGCGGAACCCGAAUCCCGAGGAGUUCUGCUACGGCGCGUACGACCUCUACACGGAGACGCUCAAGUACGACCACCUCGUCGUCAUUCCCGACGUCGGCAGCGACAUCGCCGCCUUCACCUUCGGCAUCCCCGCCAUGUUCGCGGCGGACCCGGAGUCCGUCACGGUCAUGUGGCUCAUGAUCUACACGCCGGUCAUGUUCCUGCUGACGCCGCUGCUGCAGGCGGGCGUCGCGACGAUCCUGAUCUCGGGCAGCGACCACGCGCACCCGACGGUGGCGACCUUCGGGGCCCACCCCGCGUCGUCGGCCUACGGGCUCGCGGAGCCCUGGUGGCCCGCCAAGUACGGCGACUACCCGCGGCUCUACAAGCUCGUGCCCGACGACUACCAGGGCGCGUACGAGGCCGCGCGCGAGUUCUGCCGGCUGACGAACGCCGAGGACCGCAUCCACGAGAUCAUGCUCAUCGCCAUCGACCAGCUGCGGCGCGACGGCUUCCAGGACGGCGUCGCCGCGCUCUGCGGCGACCGCGGCCACGUCGUCGUCGCGGAGUUCUCCGACUUCGACGCGCUCACGGCGUACCAGGGCACCUACGACGCCAUGGCGUCCUACUUCACGGCCUACCCGGGCAUCUCCAUCGUCCUGACGGGCGACGUGAACAACGUGCGGGCCGUCUACGACGCCGCGGCGGACUACCGGUCCGGCGGCAACGCGGAGAUCAUCGUCGCGGCGUCGUCGUACAUGAAGGGCCAGUACGACUACGACGAGUUCCCCAACAUCUACGCCGUGACGAACGCCCAGGUCGUCGACGAGGACCGGGGCGUCCACUUCACGACGCAGCGGCUCCUGGACAUCGUCGACGCGGGCGAGGCCGUCGAGCUCGCGCUCGAGAAGCGCGUGCUCACGACGGCGAUCCAGAUCGAGGUCUUCGACAUGGGCGCGUUCAUCGUGCGCCAGCUCCUGCCGGUGUACGCCAAGGAGACGGCGCCGAGCUCGCCCGUGGACGUGCGCAUCAACCUGCGGCGCGUCCGCAUCACGGAGGUGACGCCGACGGACGCGUCGUUCUUCGAGAUCACGGGCAUCGUCGAGGUCGAGUGGGACGAGCCGCGCCUCGCCUGGGACGACUACCUCUUCAACGAGACGUUGUCCUACCCGCGGGCGUCCAUCUGGACGCCGGCGAUCUACAUCGACAACAACUACUUCACGCGGGAUUUGACGGACCUGCCGGUCGAGGUGUCGAGCAGCGGCCGCGCGCGCAUGAAGUCGCAGAUCCGGACGCAGCUCCUCUGCGACUCGGACCUCAUCAUGCUGCCCUUCGACGUGCACAAGUGCGAGAUCACCUUCGAGAGCACGCGCCAGCGCGUCUUCGAGGCCAUGGCGCACGGCGACUUCCUCGUCGCCGACGUCGACGACAACUACGAGAUCGAGUACCACGCGACGACGACGGAGGUCGAGGGCGGCUUCAUGAACGAGCGCCACUCCGUCGUGCGCUUCAAGUUCGUCUUCUCGCACCGGCCCUUCGGCCACUACAUCCGCCUCAUCUUCCCCGCGGCGCUCCUGAACAUGGUCGGCUUCCUCGCGUUCUGGGUCGACGGCGCGACGGACUCGCUGGAGCUGGGCAUCACGACGCUCCUGUGCACGCUGGCCCUGCGCCAGACCAUCGAGUUCCCGGACACGACGUACCCGACGUGGCUCGAGGGCUUCAUGUUCAUCAACAUCCUCUUCCAGUUCAUCUGCGUCGUCCUCAGCGUGUCCGAGUACUCCGAGGGCCGCCAGGACCUGCUCCAGGAGUACAUCGUCAAGCGCAUGACGGGCUACUCGAAGCUCGCGAACCAGCUCGGCGGGGCGGUGACGCCGACGUUCAUGCGGACGCCGCGGACGCCCGGGCGGAGGACGCCGCGGAUGACGCCGCGCGACCAGAACGGCAACGGCAAGGUCCACGCCCUCGGCGGCGCGCCGCCGGGGCCGGACAUCCCCGAGCUGCCCUCCGUCGACGCGCACGCGGCGAAGCGGACGCCGCGCCAGGACGCGUACGCGCCCCACGACGCCGGCGCGGGCCACGGCCGCGGCCAGGGCCACGGCCACGGCGCGGGCCACCACGACCACGGGCCCAACGGCGGCAAGCGCCGCGACUCGCUCAUGGGCAAGAUCAACCCCUUCGCCAGCCUCCAGCGCCUCAGCAACCCGAAGAAGUACGGCGAGGAGACGACGCCCGCGGCGGACCUCAUCGGCCGCUGGAUCGUCUGCCCGAUCUACUUCGUCGUCAUGAUGGUCUACUGCGUCGACCGCGGCAGCGGCGUCAAGCCCUGGUUCCCCGAGCGGAGCGAGUAG